CCCACUCUCUCUCUGUCUCACUUGUAUUAUUAUGCGAGCGUUAUGUGGAGCCAUGCCCUUGCCCUCUCCGAAUUGCAGGAGAAGGAAGGAAGGAAGAGGAGAGGAGAGGAGACGGAGGGAGUGAGGAGACGGAGAGGAAAUGGCAACGCACUCGCAGCCGGGAUGCUUCUCCAUGGUGCCCAUCUCCGUCUCCUCUCGCUUCUCUCGUAAGUCUAGCCACCGAGGCGACGUUGAGGAGGCCGCAGAGGGCGAAACGAAACUCAGCUCGGUCUUGCGUGGAGGGAGAAGCGGUGUUAAGCCUGUGCAUCUGGUUAUUCUCGUGAAUGGAAUCGCUGGAAGUGCAGACAAUUGGAAGUUCGCUGCGGAGCAGUUCAAUAAGAAGCUUACGGACGAAGUAGUUGUUCACUGCAGUUCGUCCAAUUCCGCCUUUAAAACCUUCAAUGGCGUUGAUGUCAUGGGGGAACGUUUGGCAGACGAGGUCAGUGAAGUAGUUAAAAAUAAUCCUGGUGUAUCUAAGGUGUCGUUUGUGGGCCACUCGCUCGGAGGCUUGACUUUACGAUAUGCCAUUGGCAAAUUGUAUGAUCCUCCAGGUGGUCGUAGCGUUCGGCAAGAGAAAUCAGAAAGCUCUACCACCAACAGUGAAAAAGGAAGGAUCAAGGGUAUCACUCAAUCGCAUGCUACCAUUGCAGGGCUAGAACCAAUUAACUUUAUCACACUGGCAACGCCUCAUUUGGGGUGUAGAGGAAACCAAUAUUUGCCUUUUCUGUUUGGAUUUGCUGCGCUUGAGACCAUAGCUCCCCUUGUUUCACAUUGGUUCAUAGGAAAUACUGGGAAGCACUUAUUUCUGUCUGACGGCGACAAAGAUAAGAAGCCUCUUCUGCAGCGUAUGGUUACAGAUUGUGAUGAGGGGAAGUUUCUAUCAGCAUUGAAAUCUUUUAAGAAAAGGUCAGCGUAUGCAAACGUCUGCGGAGAUCGUAUGGUCGGUUGGCGCACAGCAUCAAUUCGCAAAGCAGCAGAAAUGCCGGAUCCUUUACACGAGGGGCUUGAUUCGAAAUACUCACAUGUUGUUCGGGAGGAAGAUGUGCCGGUUGUAGCGAAGGGCUCUUCUGAAAACCAGAACAGCAAACCCGAAGAAAUAUCUGCUUGUGACGCUGCCGAAGAGGAAAUGGUAGCUGGCCUUCAACAAGUCCCAUGGUGGAGAGUUGAUGUCAGUUUCUCGAAAGCUAAGGCUACUUAUCAGGCUCACAACCUAAUCCAGGUGAAAACUGCUUCAGCACAUGGCGAAGGAGCAGAUGUCAUUGAACAUAUCAUCGACAAACAUUUCUCCGAGUAUCUAGUCAGAGACACUUGAUACCUAAAAAUCAAUCCACCAGUUUUAGGGUAACUAUCACCCUAAAACAUCUGGGGAACAUCAAAAGAUAGUCCCUGCAGGCAAAUUCAACUCCCAACUUGGACUCUUGACUGGUUACAUUCUGUUUUUCCUUCAGUUCUUCUUCUUCGUUAUUUUUUAUUGCUACUAUUAUUACUAUUAUUUUUCUUCUACUACUGUAGCUGGUCUACUCUCUGGCUAGAGUUUUGAAUGCGAAUAGCUCCGAAGGGGCUUCUAUGACAAUGAAAUUUAGAUAUCAAAUGUCUCUGACAGUUCCGAGGGCUACCUUUGCUGCUAGAGUUUUGGUUCUUGUUCUGUACUGAAAUACACUCUCUAAAGAAGUAAUAUGAUCAUAUAAUUUAAACCUGA